UCUCAUCUGGUCCAAACGGCACAUUAACACUGAACUUUCCAGUGAUAGUUGAGUCUGUUCACAGUUCCUCGUACAAGAUGCAUCAGUACACAUUCGCCGCCGUCGUUUUCGGAGUGGCUGCCGUCUUCCUGAGCAACGCUUCGACGACGGCUUACAUGAUCAGCUGCCCCCCUAACGACCUCCUCGAAGCCAGUCCAUCCCUGCGCCACUUAUGCUACAUCGUCGAAAAGGCAGUCGUUGAUAAUUCCAUCUCCGAUGAACCAUCCUAUAGGAGAGUGGUCGAACGCGAUGUGAGCCCACUUGCCGAGAGAGUUGUGAACCCCAAUGCGAAGAGGCAAGAUGUCGACCAUGUUUUCCUCCGCUUCGGAAGACGUUUCGGCUUAUAAGACGCCCAUCUUCAGUCAAUAACGCUUCUUCCUGUACCGACUGAUUUCAAUAAAUGUUACGUUUAAUUGCAACGAUCUGAUUUGACGACGGGAAUCUAACGCUUUUAAUUAUUUCUCUGAUUAUGUAUGUGUGUAAAAAAACCAGUAUUAAUUGUUGUAAUUAAAUUAAUAACAGUAUAUUUAUAAGUAUA